AUGGCUUUGGGAACACCUGAGCAUGGUGGGAGGGUCAGAGGUGUUGGAGCUGGGGUUUCCCCAACUCAAUUCUUCAAUUUUCCGAGACAACAGAGAGUAAAAUUUGCUGACAAAUCAAAGGAAAGUGUUAUGGCAGCAGUGAGAGAGGAAACCAAAAAGAUGGUGGCCAGGGCAAAGGAAAGUGUUAUGGAGCCAGAGCAAAGCCCAAAAAAUUCAAUGUCUGACAAAUCAAGCUCCUCUAAUGUGAAAGCCCCUAAAUUGGAUGAAGACAAUCCCAUGAAUGAUGCUGAUGCUGAUGUUGCUGAAAACCAUCAAGAUGAAAUGGAUCUCUUAAAGCUUGACAUGCCAGCUCCUCUGUUAGCCCUAUGCCAAUAUGUCGAGACCAAGUUGAAGCCGGCUAACGAGACCAUUACAAUUCACAUGCCUGAGGAAAUGUUUGGCACUGAUCAUGAUACCUGGCUCUUGAGUAAAGACAUUUUACAGUUUGCUUCCAUGGUUGAGAUUGGAGCCACAGUGAUUGCAGUAGACAUGAGGUACCUAUUUGACUAUUUAAAAAUGGCAAAUAUGGUAAAACUUGUUGGCCUUGUGGACCCUGGACAAGUGAGCUCUCAAUCUGGAACGUUAUCUCACAGCUCAAAACAUCUCUCAGAAAGCCUGAAAAAGGCAGAUGGGGAUCAAUUUUACUUGGUGCCUUAUAAUCCAGGGGGUCACUGGGUGUUAAUAAUUGUGAGACUAGCUACAGAGACUAUCUAUUACAUGAAUUCAUUGCCAAACCGCUCUGUUGACGAGGACAUGAGAAAUAUAGUGAAUACUUCAAUCAAAAUGUAUAACUCUCACACAGGGAAACAAUCAUCACGUAAAUCACCCAUAUGGAAAAAUCUACAAGGCACUCCUAGACAACCAACAAAUGUAGAGUGUGGCUAUUACGUGAUGCGUUUCAUGAGAAAUAUAAUUCAUGAUCCAGCCCUAGCCUUUGAGAAGAAGUUUGACAAGAAAAAGGAAGCAGUUGUGUAUACUCAAGAACAUAUUGACGAAGUCAGGCUGGUAUGGGCAGAAUUCGUGAACAAGCAAUUACAAAACAAUAAUUGA